UGGGAGGGGUCCCUGGUUCUUGAGUCCGUUUCACUUCUCCGACACGUAGGAUGGCAGGUGGGAAGUGUUCUGCCAUUCACAACUCACCACCUGCAGCUGCUAUUUCCCGCCUUCGCUGCAUGCAAGAGAUUCUCCACAACAUGACGAGGAGGAGCGGAGCAAACGUUUUGAUUCUCACCGGGCUCACAGAAAAUCCUGAAGGAAAACGCAAUGUCCUCAGAAUAUAGUUCAAAAACUGGCAGCAAGCAAAGCACAGGGAACACGGGAUUGAGCAACCCCAGGGCUAAACGCAGGCUCAAUUUCGAACAGCAAGGUGACGCAGAAAAUGUCGCUUGUUCGUCCAAAGAUGAGGCUUUUCGGGACUUGGUUUCCCUUCUUCGCGGGGUCAUGGCUCUCAAAAAACAAAAGCGCAUCUCCUCUCCCAUUCAAGAUAUGCAUCCAAAGCCCCGCCAUGGCGUCACGAAUGCAAAAAGACGGCUGCAUUUGGAGUCUUUGCAAACUCGUAACCAACAGCAAUGGGGGUGGCCAUGUUUGAAGGGAUGCGAUAAAACAACCAAAGUAAAUAUACGAGCUUUCCAGGGUUUGGGGAAAGAUUUAGUUCACGAGCUGCCUUUUAAUAAAGAUACGAGGGAGGAGCUUGGAGAUAGGGUGUUUAUUCAAAGCUUGCAUAAACGUAGCAGGGUUUCACUUAAAGAGCGUGGAAUUGCACCGGCGAGUUUAGGUCUUGACGUUUUAAGAGUAGAGGCAUCUAAAAAAACCGAGAUUAUGAGAAAUUCUCAGAAGUUUAGUAGUUUGUUUCACAAUUUAGUUCGUAUGCCUGGAGUAGAGCCGUCCAAAGAGAAUGUGAGAGAAUCUGAUGAAAACGCAGGCAAGCAGUGUGUAGAUGAAAUUAUUGAUCAAAGCUCCAAGAAUAAUAGCACAAGUUCAGGCAAAGGCCUCGGGAAUGCACCUCCGACUCAACGUUUUCAGGAAUACUGCGCAACCUUACAAUUAGAGCUUGGGUGUGAACCGAAGUUUGAAGGAAGCUGCCAAAAUGGCAAAGAGUUGUUCAAGGGUUCGGUUCUAGAGCCUAUGAAUGUGCCGUUGGAUGAAAAUUUGAGUAAAACACUGAAAUUUGAAGGAAGCUAUCAAAAUGGCAAAGAUUUGCUGAAGGUUUCUGUUUUGGAACCUUUGGAUGAACUAUUGGAUGAGAAUUCGACUAAAGAGCUUAGUUUUGAAGGAAGUUGCCAAAAUGGCAGAGAGUUGCUUAAAGGCUCGGUUCUAGGGUCUGUGAAUGAGCCCAUGGACGAAAUUUUGAAGAAAGAACCUAAGUUUGAAGGGCAUUGCCAAAAUGUCAAAGAGUCGCUUAAGGGCUCGGUUUUAGGACCUUUGAAUGAACCAUGGAAUGAGAAUUUGGAGAAAGAACCAAAGUUUGAUGGAAUCUGCAAAAAUGUCAAAGAGUUGCUUAAGGGUUCGUUUCUAGGGCCUGUGAAUGAGCCGUUCGAUGAGAAUGUGAAGAAAUCUGGCAAAGAUAGAGGCAACACGCUUGGAAAUGAAGUCAUUGAUAAACGCUUCAAGAAAGAUAGCAUAAUUUCAGCCAAGAAAUGCAGAAGUCGAGUUUUUGGGAAACCCUCGGCUGUUUUACACCAAGGGCUUGACAAUCAAAGUAUCAGUCAGGAUCUCCUAGAUUUAAGCAAAGUUAUAGAUCAGGAGCUUGUAAAUGAGUCGGUUGACCAAAAAUUGAAGAUAUCUAAUCAAGAUAGAAGUGAGCAGCUUGGCCUUUUUAUCGAUCUUAACAUCGAGAAUUGCGAAGGCAAUGGAGCUGAAGAACGUGCUACAGAACCUUUAAGUCAAGGUCUUGAGAUACCUUGUGAAUUUUUAAGGGAGGGGCUUCACAAUGAUCCAAGGAUGAAUAUGAAUAGUAAAAAGUUCAGGGAUUCAGACGAUAAUUCAGUUUCAAAGGCUCCAAAUAUGCUGUUUGAUGGAUAUUGUAAGGAAUCUUAUGGAGUUAUAAAUCAGAAGGAUGGAAAUGAAAUCAUUGAUUGCAGAGUCAAGAAAUACAGCAGAGGUUCAAUUAAAAAGCAACGAACUGAACGAGCUAGUCAAUUUAACAUUACGGCCUGUGCAAUUUUGGAAGGAGGACUUUGUUACAAACCAAGGAUUGAAGAGAAUAAUCAAAAUUUUAAGGAUUUGGAUAAACCUUUGGUUCAACAUCCCGUAAGAGAAUCGGUUGAUGAGAAGAUAUACUAUAAAGAGAGAAGCAUGGAGCCUGUAAGUGAUGUGAAUGAUCAAGCCUUUUUGAAAUGCAGCAAAAAUUCAACCAAAGAGAAUGUAGCUGAACAUGCAAGUGAAGGUUUUGAGAAAUCUCGUGCAGUUUUACGAGAUGGACUUGGCAGUGAAUCUAAAAUUCAGAACUCUGCAUGUUCAGUAGGUCCAAAAGUCGAAAUCAAUUUAAAUUCUGCCAAUCCAUUCUCUAUUUCACCAGUUACCAAUAAUAAGGGUCCUUAUCCUGAUUACGAUAGACCUGGUUCUGAAGAAUGUAGAGAAAUCAGAAACCGGCUACUUGAAUUGCAUGGAUUUCCUGAAGAAUUCAAGAAAUUUAGGGCAAGAUUAAAGGAGAAAGUUGAUGUCCCUUUGGCAGCACGGCAGCAGCUAUCGUCGUUGGACGAAAAGAAUGGUACAGAAAACGUGAAGAGUGAAGGCAACAAUGAAAUGGUUUCCUGCAUUGAGAAAAAGGGAUCUGAGAUCAUUCCUACGCUUGUGCCUUAUGAAGAGCAUAAAACAAUGUUGGAUUCUUUGAUAAGUACUCUACUGUCACAGAAUACAACGGAAGCAAAUUCUAGGCGAGCUUUUGCUUCACUUAAGAAGAGAUUUCCUACAUGGGAUGAAGUCUACAAGGCUGAUCCAAAGGCUGUAGAAGAUGCCAUUAGAUGUGGUGGAUUGGCCGAAAUAAAAACUUCUCGAAUCAAAAAUAUAUUGAAAUCCUUACUAAAAGAGCAAGGAAAGAUAUGCUUGGAGCAUCUGCGCAAUAUGCCUGUUGAGAAGAUCAAAGCUGAGCUUUGUCGUUUCAAAGGCGUUGGUUCCAAAACGGAUCAAUGUACAAUGGUGUCAUUAUUUAUCAACGUUGCUAAACAUCUCGUGCAAGAACGAAUUUAGAGCUCAGGAUAUUCUAAGCUAUGGUUUCCAAUAUUAAACCACAGCAGAAAAAAUCUUUUGAGGAAAAAAUGUCAAACCAAAAGAGGGGAUUUAAUUCGGGAAAAAUUAGGAGAACUAAAAAAAAAUAGAAAACCACACAAAAAAGAGAACCCUUUUUUAAUUUCAGUAAGGCUUUUUAUUAGCAUGGGGAAGAUAUAGAGAGCAAAUAAAAUCAGGUGUUUAGCCCAUGAGUUAGUGAAUAUAGAUAUUUUCUGCAUAUGUUCAUAUCAUUGAUUACAUUUCAUUGCACAAUGCUUAAAUGAUAACUAGAUUCUAAUAGUUUUCAAAUUUUCAAUUACAAUCUACUUUGUAUAAAGUCAACUUACAAACUAAGUACAAAGUUCCAAUAAAUUAGAUGUAGCCAAUGACUCUUGCUGCUGCAAAGAAAGCUACGCUAAAAGGCUAUAGAACAAUAUGAUGAAGCUCUUGGGUCAGAGCCUCUCCCAAGUCGUUCAUCGACACCAAUUUCAAUGUUGAUCAGCAUCGAGAAAGACACCAUCAUUUGCAAUUCACUCAAAAUUUUGAUCAAUCUUGUUGAGGUGAAUUGGCUAGUCUUCCACAAUGGUACCUCAUUUUUUUCAUAUAAAGCAAUGUUUCAUAUAGACACAUCCUUCCCCCCUUCCUCCCCUGCACCAAAAAAAAACACCCUGUUUUUCUAGGGUGGGUUUUUGAGAUGCACGAACUUGGGGGAAAUGUCCCCUUGCCACCACCAUCGGGACAUCAAGGAUGCCAGAAGACAUCCAAGGGACUCCCAAGAGUCCUUCUAUCCUCUUGGCGAUGCCCAGAUGUCUCCCGCAGCCGUUAGACGAAAAAGAGGUUUUGAAUAUUUUUUUGGAAAAUAGUGCCAAAGGUCAAAUCCGAACAUUCAAUGGGCCCCACCUAAGCCUCUCAAACCCUAUAAAACACUCCAAUUUUUUUUUCUCACAAACUCAAUUCAACAGCAAGAUUGAGGAGCAAAAAGAGUUAAAGAGUGAAGUGCUACAAGUGCAAGAGGGUUGAGGAGGAGCAAGAACAAGAGGAAGAAGAGGGAUUCUACACCAAGUUGCAAGGUUUUUUCAAGCAUA